GCCUUUAGACAGAAUCUAGCAUUCAGAUAUGGUGCUCACUCUAUCAUUAGCAGUUUUUAUAUUUUUUUCAGCUGACAGCUAUUUGUUUUUAAAUACGUAAUUCAAUGAUUCACUUUACAUUUCUUUGACAUGUUAUUUGUAUGUAGUCUUUUAUGUAUGUACAUUCCUAUGCGCUUUCUGCGAUUUUAGACAGUAUUUGUGGACGGGACUUUUAUUUUGGUCUGGUGUUAUGACAUCAUAAGGCUGGACCUUUCUUCUCUGGCUCAACAAAGGUUCGAGUUUUUGAACGCUUAUGUAUUUGGAACAAGAAACAAGUUUUCAAGAUGGCAUUCAUAAAAGAGGAGACUGAAGACAUAAGUAUUUCAGAACAAUUCAGUCUGAAAAAUGAAGAUGCUGAAGAUCAUACAGACCUGGUGGUGAUGAAAGUGGAGAGUCAAGAACUGAAUGAAAUGCAGGAGGAAGAUCAUCAUAGAGAAACACUUUGCUCACAGACUGAACAGGAGUCCUCACAAAAAAGAGCUCGGAAGACAGGUUCUAAAAAGUGUUACAUCUGCCCUCAGUGUGGCAGGAAUUUCACUUAUGAAAAAAGCCUUAAAAAACAUGAGGCAAAUCACACUGGACAGUGCCCUUUCACCUGCCAACAGUGUGGGAACAUUUUCACUACAAAAGGAAGCCUUAAAAACCACAUGAGAGUUCACACUGGAGAGAAACCUUACACAUGUGAUCAGUGUGGAAAGAGUUACACACGAAGCAAGACCUUAAGGGAUCACAUGAGGAUUCACACUGGAGAAAGGCCUUACACAUGUAAUCAGUGCGGAAAAAGUUACAUACGAAGCAAGACCUUAAGAGAUCACAUGAGGAUUCACACUGGAGAAAGGCCUUACACAUGUAAUCAGUGUGGAAAGAGUUUCAUACAUAAAGUAACCCUUAAUUUACACAUGAGAAUUCACUCAAGAGAGAACCAUUUUAUAUGCCAUCAAUGUGGAAAGAGUUUCAAAGACAUAACACGCCUUAACAGGCAUGUAAUAAUUCACUCUGGAGAGAAGCCCUUCAAAUGCCACCAAUGUGGAAAGGGGUUUCAAAUAAGUAACAACCUUAAGGCACACAUGAGAUGUCACACUGAGGAGAAGCCUUUCAAGUGCCAUCAAUGUGGAAAGUGUUUAAAACACGAAACAUCCCUUAACUACCACAUGAGACUUCACACUGGAGAGAGGCCUUUCACCUGCCCUCAGUGUGGAAAGAGUUUCAUUCUUGAAGGACAACUUAGUCGUCACAUGAGAUACAUUCACACAGAUGAGAAGCCUUUCGUGUGCCAUUACUGUGGAAGGAUUUGUGAAAGCAAAUCAAACCUUAAGAUUCACAUACAAAUUCACACUGGAGAAAAGCCUUUCUCCUGCCCUCAGUGUGGAAAGAGUUUCAUACAUAAAGGACUGCUUAAUUAUCACAUGAAACUUCACACUGGAGAAAAGCCUUUCAGCUGCCAUCUGUGUGGUAUGGGUUUCAGAUAUAAAGGACUUCUUAAUGGUCACAUGAGAAGUGUGCACACCAAUGAGAAGCCUUUUACCUGCCAUCACUGUGGAAGGAUCUGCGAAAGCAAAUCAAAACUUCAAAUUCACAUGCGAAUUCACACUGGAGAAAGGCCUUUCUCCUGCCCUUGUGGAAAAAGUUUCGCACUUAAAGGAAACCUUACGGCUCACAUGAGACUUCACACUGGAGACAGGCCUUACAUGUGUGUUCAGUGUGAGAAGAGUUUUGCUUAUCUAAGACAGCUUAAAAGUCAUUUGCAAACUCAUUUUGGAGAGAAAUCGCAGUGUUCUGAGUGUGGCAAGAGGUUUGCAAAGAUGAGCAAUUUCAAAAAUCAUCUGCGCAUUCACUCUGGACUAAGGCCAUUCAAUUGUAAUCAGUGUAAUAAAACAUUUAUUUUGCCUUCACACUUAGAGAUACACCUGAAAAUUCAUGCAGACAAAAGACCCUAUGUGUGCUCUCCGUGUAGAAAGAGUUUUAAAUGGCUCUGCAAUUUUAGAUCGCAUCGGAGAUUUCAUGUCCGUGGGAAACCUAAUUCCAGAGCAAGCUACUUGAAAGGAAAGAAACAAAUCCAUACUGGAGAAAAACCUGACAUUGUAACAAGUGACUUUCGUGGGGGUCAUGUGAUGGCGCCUUAAUUGUGUUAAACAAUGUUGCUGCUUUUUGUCAGUGUUGUACUACAAAGUGUCAUGUGGUGGAGGAGGUACUGUAUCACUGUUUUUCAUUUUGUAUCACCGAGUAAAUAGUUUUACUUAGUCAUGGCUCAUCUGUAGAGGCAGGUGUGGCAGUGCCCCAUUAAACAUUCAUCCACUUGAAGACAUAGACGUUAGCUUAAUCAAUCCUAAAUAACUCGUAAAUGUGUUCAGCAUUCUGCAACAAAUAUUUUUCAAGUUUCUAUAGUUUCUAGACUAUUUUAAGUCAUAAAGUGAGAUGGAUGUAUUAAAAUUUCAUGUAUGGCUUUAGUUUAGUCUGCAUCAGUUCAGCAACUAGUAAGUCUGAUUGUGAACUUGUUCAUUGUUCUUUAACAGGAGGCAGGAGGAUGUGUGGAGUAGUGUACUAAAUUAGUGAAUGUGUAAAUCCUUUGUGCUCAUGUUAAGAGGCUGCUCACUGUAGAGCCAAUUGGUGAAGCUUGACGUUCCAACUACACUUUAACCCUACCCAUAACCCUAUCCCUAGUCUCAGCCUCAGACGUCAUGCCCACGGACUGUUGGCUGAACGUCUGAUGCAUAUGGCACACAAAAUGGGAAAUGCUUCUGGAGUUUAGAAGUCGUCAUCUGAGGGUUUCCUGGAGAUGUGUGUCAUGUUCUUUAAUGGUCCACCUGGGAACAAGGCCAUCAUGAUGCCAAACCCCCUCAUGGAAGAGGAAAGCUGUCGUGUUUAUAACUGUGACAAGGAACGCUUACCAGGAUCAGCUAAAUGCUGGAUUUUCAAAAGUAUGUGAAGUUCGCUGCGCCACAGUUGCAGUAAACUUGCACAACGUUCUUGAAUCUGUUAUUGUAAGGACAUCGACUUUACAUUUUCAAGCCCCUAAACAUGAUGCAGAAACAAAAUGAACUGUGAUUGGUUGCUUUACAUGUCGGGUAGAUGUCCUCUUGAGUGGUCCUUGGCAAUUGAAAGCUGCGAUGGAGUCCAGACCUUCUGCUGUCAGUCUGAAGGUCUGGCUACGCGAGACUACCCUAUCCCUAAAUAUAAAUAGGUCAAGCUCCACCCAUUACAUCCAGAGAGGGGGAGCUGGACGUCAUUUGGCUCUGUGAGCAUUACUUGCAUGUGAACAGCUUGUAAACUGUUUGGUUGUGUUUGUUUUAUAUUUGUUACAUCUAUAUGGCUUUAUUUUUACCUCUUCUAAAUUCCUAAUAUUCUAUAUCAACAUUCGUACACAAUAAAUACUAGGCUACA